AUGGGAGAUCAGGAUGCAGGUGAACCCUUUCUGGGGAUAGUGGCUGGUGGUGCCACGGACUUCGAAGGAGCUCUGCCCUCAGACACCGUGUCGCUCAGCGAUUCUGAUUCCGAUGACUUGGGGUUAGCAGAUGAAGCGGAAGUUGAUACAAUAUCUCCUGAGGAGCCAUCUGUAGAUGAUGGGGAUUACAGAUCAAGGGAGACCCCCCAAUCUUCAAACAGCACUCACAGAUCUCCUGUCCAGCCCUUCCAUCUCAGGGGCAUGAGUUCUACGUUCUCUCUCCGUAGCCAGAGCAUUUUUGAUUGCCUGGAAGAGGCGGCCAAGUUGUCUGUGCCCUCGAUGCCUGAAGAUAAUGUUGUUGAUGGGAGGUUUAAACGUCCAUUGCCUCCAGCCACAGUUUCAAGUAACAUGGUUCCAGAAAGCCUGGGUAAGCAAGCCAAACCAGUGCAGGCUCCCAAAACCUCCCCUGCAGUGCCUGACUACGUGGCACACCCAGAGCGCUGGACCAAAUACAGCCUAGAAGGAGUUUCAGAGUCGACUGACAAGACUAACAGGGCAGUGGCCAUGGAAUUUCUAGAGGGUUUGAAGAAAAGAGGGGAGGAACAAAGCUCAGCUACCCAAGAUAGCUACACCCCAUACUUCAACCAGGACCCUUCCAGCUGUGGAGCUGGGAGAAUCGUCUUCACCAAGCCAAUAAAAAGGGGUGUUGAUGGACUGGAAAAGAAAACAUCAGCAGGGGAGGAUGAGAAGAAACACAUGAAAACAGAUCUGAAAGGAAAAUCUAAGAAGACUGAUGACUUGAGGGAAGAGGAUAAGGUAGAGCUGGGGCACUUGGGUAGUGGAAGUGGAAAGGCCACAGAGGAGGAGGAGUGCAUGAUGGGGGACCUGAAUACAGAAGGUAAGCUUAGUGCGGGGUUUAGUGGUGCAGGUGAAGAGCCAUCGGUGGAAACAGUUGGAUUCCAUUGCAGUAAGAAGAAGAACAGGAAAAAUUUCCGACCUAAAGUAGAUGAUGAAGGGGAGGAGGAACAGCACUGA